AUGAUCCUUACCAGUGUAUUCCUUUGAAGAUUUAGGCUGAGAAGAUGGAAAAACUUGUUUCAAGCUGGUCUAUUAAUGUUCAAUCCUUGCCUGAAAAUUAUGUUCUUCCACCAGGGCAAAGACCUGGGAAGCUCAUUGUUCCUCCUUGCAAAAGCCUUCCUGUGGUUGAUCUUGGGAAAGCAACGAGCCCUGAUCGAGCUGAAACAAUCCAGAAAAUUUUGGAAGCCAGCUGGGAAUUUGGAUUCUUUCAGGUGAUCAACCAUGGGGUUUCAGAUAAUCUAAUAAAUGAGAGCAGGAGCAUAUUCAGUGAGUUCUUCAACAUGCCGGCUGAAGACAAGGCAAGCCUUUACUCCACCGACAUAGACAAAAGUUGCAUUCUAUACACAAGCAAUUUAAACUAUGACAUUGAAGAGGUGCACUUGUGGAGGGAUAAUCUAAAACACCCUUGUCAUCCUUUAGAAGAAUAUGUGCAGUUUUGGCCUGAAAAGCCCACUAAAUAUCGAGAAAUUGUUGGGCCUUUUUCAGUUGAAGUAAGGAAGUUGAGCUUGGAGAUUUUGGAUCUGAUCAGUGAAGGACUAGGAUUGGAACAGGGCUAUUUUGGAGGUGAACUUAGCAAAAGACAGUUACUGUCAGUGAAUCAUUAUCCGCGGUGCCCAGACCCAAGUUUGACCCUGGGAUUACCUAAACACAUUGACCCUGGCCUCAUAGCCGUUCUGCUUCAAGGGGAUGUGGAUGGGCUUCAAGUUUAUAAAGAUGGGCAAUGGCUGGGCGUUGAGCCUCUUCCAUACGCUUUUGUUAUUAACAUUGGCCACCAGUUACAGGUUAUCAGUAAUGGGAAGCUAAGAGGCGCUGAGCACCGGGUGGUGACAAAUCCAAGGGAAGCUCGGACAACUACUACCACCUUCAUAAACCCUUCUCCUGAUUGUGUCAUCCAGCCUGCAGAAGCUCUGGUGAAUGCAAGCAAUCCCCCGCUCUACAAGGCCUUUAAAUUCAUAGACUUCUUUAAAAACUUCACAGCCGCGACUGGUAACCCUGAAACUGCCCUCAACCCAUACAAGCUCCAAGUUUAAUAUUAAGGUGACUCAACCAAACAUCCUACUGCCAUGGAUGGCCUCACCAUGCUACAAUUUCUGCUAAGCGACUAUACAUGCACAUAGUCCUGGAAAUCAAAUGGUGGUGUUUCUCAGUUAUAAUCUCUUUAAACUUUGGAAUUUGACAUGCUUGAAAGUUUCUCAAAUUUGUAAAAUGAUAUUAUUGAAACAAGAGAAAUUAUUAUUUUAACAGGGUUAUUGGUUUGUCGAUAAAUAACCCUUUAUUAA